AUGUACUCAGCGGCAGGGGUCAGCAGCCUUGAGCUUUUCAACGCUGCUCUAGGCCUUGGCGUUCUUCUCAGCGUUUUUGACUACGAAGGUCCUCUCAUAGAUACCUGCCAAAAGCCGAUCUGGUCAGCAGCGGCGACGGUGAUGGUACAAAUUGGGCAUGUUUUCUGGGUGAGUGUUGGACUUAUUGGUGAUGACCAAUCUCAGAUGCACACUAUCGACAAGACAGAGGGCUGUAGUUUCUUGGAUGGGAGACGUAGCCUGGUUGGUAAGGGUCAUGUUGGCCUCUCUGUGUUGCCAUUCGAUGAAGCCGUUCAGGAAUUUGUUUACCAGGACCAGAGACUUGAUGUUGUCCCAAGAGUCAGGGGGCUCGCUUGUUGCUAUGAUGAACAUUGCCCCGUACUGAGCGAUUCGAUCUGGCUUGAGGUGGUCUGCGAUGUGCUUCGUACUGUGGGCAUUCAAAUGUCCCCUUGCCGUUGA